ACAGAGUGACUCUCAAACCUCCCUGCUUAAUCUCCUUCCUUUCUUCCUUCCUUCCGUCUUUCAUACCAAGGGGAUACAGAGGAAAGAGAGAGAGAGAAAGAAAGAAAGAAAAACAUCCACCGGAGCUGGCAGGUGGGCAGGCAGACAUCAUGGCGGAGGACUUCAACUCCCAGGUGAAGAAGGUCGCCAUGGCCAUGGGGGCGUCCCUUAGCGACCAGGACGUCGAGCGCAUUCCCCGCGAGCUCCGCAUGCCAGGCAACUUCAACUACAACAGGUUUCUGGAGUACAUGCGUCAGUUUAAGACGUCGGAGGAACAGGAGCAGACAAUCAGAUCAGCCUUCAAGACGCUGGAUAAGGAUGGCAGCGGAUACAUCGAGUGGAACGAGAUCAAGUACAUCCUGACGUCUGUGCCCCACUCUGCUCCGCUGGUGCCCUUGUCAGACGAGGAGGCCGAGGCCCUGAUUCAGGCAGCCGACACCGACGGAGACGGACGCAUCGACUUCAAAGAGUUCUCUGACAUGGUGAAGAUGGAGAAGAAACCAAGAAAGUAGAAAGUAGACGCCGUGCCGUGCCGCACCGCUCUCCUGUGAUGAUGAUGCAGAGUAGAAGUAGAGGAGAAGUAGAAGAAAGACGGCUAGACGGCUAGACAGCUAGACGGCUGGAUGACUGCUGAUGGGGCUUCGGCAAAUGUUUCAUACGCCAUCAAAUUUGUUUUCAUUUGUUUGCUGUUAAUACUAUAUGCAGGGCUCCAAAUUAACACCAGCCAAUCAGCCAAAUGCUGGUGACAUUUCAGAUUGACUGCUAGAAAGGACUAACUUGCUACUAGCCACUUUGACCCAUUAGAGAGUCUGUGUUUGGCUAGUGAGAUACAAUCUACCAUCAUCACCGUCAUUUUGACGGGUGAUGUGAAAUAAAUAAUUUAGAGCCCUGACUACAGUAUACGUGGGGUCCAGUACACCCAAAGGGCUGGAGUCCUAAUAUAGCUUGUAUGAGAAACAACGUUUUUUUAUGUCAACAUUGACAGAGCGAUACGUUUUCCACUGGAUAACAUCGACGCAUACACGUUUGUUUUUUUGUUGUAAUCUAUAUUUAACUGAUUAGCACAUCGCUAAAAAACAUUGCAGCUUGACACACAACUAUCCAGCCCAGCCAAGUGAAAUAAAAGGGUAUAGGCCUAGCCAGAGACAUGGAAGUAAGAGAUAGGCUAAUCCCAUUGACCUCCAUGUUCCGCAACAAUGGCGGCUCAUGGAGCCUUUGACACACAGAUCGUCAAAGACAAUAGUUCCAAAAUAGCUCCAGGAAGUGAGGGUCGAAUACAGAAAGUGCAGUAGGCCUAAAUGUAAAUGUACAUGUAAUUCACGUUUCCUUCAUCUUUGCUUGGUAUGUAGUGGUUUUGAGUUUGCCUAUAGCGAAAAGAAAGAUGCUUUUUAAACAAUUUGAAUCAUGUCACCAACGGACUUCCUGCACCCGGGUUGUCACAACUCUGAAUUCCAUGGCUCUGAGGGCCCUAUGAUGUUACUCCAUGAGUAUUCUGUAAAGACAUCCCAUUUUAAAACAAAAUACCCAGAAUUUAUAUCCAAACCAUGUGUGUAAAACAAGGGCUGACACAAGAGUCUUAAUAAGCAUGCAUGGCUAUCACCAUCUUAAACCACUAGUGAGAGUGAGAGGAAACACCUACUUAUUGUCUCCGUAGGGGAGGUGUGGUUUAUGGUUGUCCAUGGUCGUUUAUUAGGUGCUAUGAAUGUCUAUCAAUGUGGAUAUCCAAUAAUAUCAACUGUAAACAAUGAUGCUGCUCUUCUCUUAAAUAAAGCUAUUAACAACAUUGUCUUAAACUUCU